CUUAGUGGUGUGAAAUAAGUUUAGAUUUUGUGAUUUGUUGAAGAUUACCGGUUAAGCAAAGUAAAUCAAAAAUAAAGCAAAAAUGUUUGCUCUCGGCCGUAAUGUCAGCAAUGUAGCCAAAAGUGCUGUGCGAGGCAAGCAUACCUUGCCCAAAUUGCCUUAUGAUUAUGCCGCUUUGGAACCCAUUGUUUGCCGCGAGAUUAUGGAAUUGCAUCACACCAAGCAUCAUCAGACCUAUGUCAACAACUUGAAUGCUGCCGAGGAACAAUUGGCAGAGGCCCAAAGCAAAAAUGACGUUACCAAAAUCAUCUCUUUGGCCCCUGCUUUGCGUUUCAACGGUGGUGGUCACAUCAACCACUCCAUCUUCUGGCAAAACUUGACCAGUGAAAAGACCCAACCUUCAGCCGAUUUGAAGAGCGCCAUCGAAUCGCAAUGGAAGAGUUUGGAUGCAUUUAAAAAGGAAAUGACCGCAUUGACUGUGGCCGUACAGGGUUCUGGCUGGGGUUGGUUGGGCUACAACAAGAAAACACAAAAAUUGCAAAUUGUUGCCAUGCCCAAUCAGGAUCCCUUGGAGGCUAGUACUGGUUUGGUGCCUUUGUUUGGCAUUGAUGUCUGGGAGCAUGCCUAUUACUUGCAAUACAAAAACUUGCGUCCCUCUUAUGUUGAGGCUGUUUGGGAUAUUGCCAACUGGAAUGAUAUCUCCAAACGCUAUGCCGCUGCCAAGUAAAAUUAGCUGUUGUGGAUCAGCAGCUUUAUGGGCAAAACUUGAAUAUUUUCAACACUGUCAUAAACAAAGUGUAAACAGUUUAGCUUAACUUAUAGAGUAAUCUUUGUAAAUCCAUAUAAUAUCAUGUGAUCAUUCUAAAGAAUAAAAAUUGAACCAAAAUCGAAUUCAUAGAAAAAACUACAAA